AUGGAAGCACAUGGCUGGGAGGGAGAUGAGGGGGAAGCAGGAACGGGCGUGCGCAGCAAGGGACACAAAGAGCGCGUCCACAGCAGGAGAGCUGGCAGGACUCAAGGCUGCCGCAAACAAAGCGAACGGAGGGCAAAGGCGUGAUGGGACACACUGAGGGGUGCGGGGCGCGUCGCACGUCGUUCUGCACAGAGGCAGGGGUCCAUGAUCGAACUUUUGCACGCCCGAAGCUGCUCGCCGGGGUAUGGCAGGCCACGGGAGUGGGUAGAGGCAUGCUGAGACUUUUUCGGGCGUAGCUGCGUUGCGUGCAUGGACGUGACGGCGCCUCGAGAUGGCACAUGUGAAGGCGAAGAGAGGCCAUGUGGGUGCGAGACCUCAUCGCGUAGCUCGCAUCAUCAUCUCAAGCCCCUUCACAUCUUGCCCUCCUGGCUCUUGUGCCACUUCCCUUCUAACACGCCUCACCCCCCUUCAUCAGGCCGCCGACGCGCACGUCGGCCAAGUGCGCGACUUCAGCGCGCCCUCGGCGCCGCAGGCUCCCGCCGUGCCUUCCUCCUCCGACCUCUCCUCCGAGCUGGACGCGUACGCCAAGAGCGAGCCCGACACGGCCGAGAAGGCUGCGUCCAGCUCGAGCGCCGCUCCCGACGCCAGCAACCGCCAGACGGCCGAGCAGUUCCUCGAGGAGGCGGCUCGGGACGUCGAGAAGGAGGCGCACCACUAGGCGUCUUCUCUUUUCUCUCGCCCUCGGCGGGCUUCGUCUGAGAUCGUACCGAAUGGCUAGCUGAGGCCCCCUCGUACGAGUCGCACGCUCGGCGGUCUGAUCUGCCAUGGCCCGUCCUGGUCUCGCGCUGGGACAGGCACCCAUUUGCUCCGCUCUGCGCGAAAUCGAAACAUUGAAUCGCUCCUGCUUCUGCCUGGCGUCUGUCUGUUAAAUCCUCCUCGGCUGCGAAGCGCCCAGCAGUCCUCGUUGGCCUUCUUUCGCGGCAUGUGGUGCCUUCUCG